UCAAGAACCAAAUUGAGAAUAGAAUAAUGCCACCGUUCUUUUUCUUUUUCUGUUUUGCCCUUCCCAUAUAAUAAGCUAAAAAUUUUUGUUGGGAUGCGAAACAACCAACAAAACAAUUCUAUUGCCUUUUCCAACGCUACCCCAUUCCCCAACUCCAUCCACCAAAAAAGUUUCCACAGCCUCGUAACUUCCCUCUUCAUCACACAGCUCCGGCUAGAAAUGGCUUCCAAGGCAGAGGAAACACCCAUCACUUCCUCCGACAACGACGCCGUCCUAGAACAACAACAUUACGCUUAUGCCGCGCAGCUUGUUACCUUAUCCGUUCUGCCGAUGACACUCCAAGCAGUGUUCGAGCUCGGCGUGUUUGAGAUCUUGGCAAAGGCUGGGGACGGGGCCGAGCUCUCCCCGGCAGACAUAGCGGCUGAGAUAACCACGAAAAACCCAGAUGCGGCGUUGAUGAUUGACCGGAUGUUGUGGCUUCUGGCGAGCCACUCGGUGGUGGGAUUCUCUGUGGGGUUUGAUGAAGAUGGGAAAACGCAAAGACUUUAUAGCCUUACGCCGGUUUCUAAGUAUUAUGUUCGUAACGAGGAUGGUGUCUCAUUGGGUCCAACUUUAUCGUUGAUUCAAGAUAAAGUUUUUCUCCAUAGCUGGAGUGAGCUAAAGCAUGCUGUCAUUGAAGGAGGAGUUCCUUUCAAUAGAGCUCAUGGGGGAGUCCAUGCCUUUGAAUACCCUGGCUUGGAUCCAAGAUUUAACCAAGUGUUCAACACUGGAAUGCUAAAUCACACCACUAUGUGUAUCAAGAAACUUGUCAAAACCUACAAUGGUUUUGCAAAUAUCGAGCAACUAGUUGAUGUUGGUGGCGGCCUUGGGGUCACUCUUCAAAUCAUCACUUCUACUUAUCCUUCUAUCAAAGGCAUCAACUUUGACUUACCUCAUGUCAUUCGCGAUGCCCCUUCCUAUCCUGGUGUGGAACAUGUGGGAGGAGACAUGUUUCAAAAAGUUCCAAAUGGAGAUGUUGUUUUCAUGAAGUGGAUACUUCAUGAUUGGAGCGACGAUCAUUGUAUAAAGUUGUUAAAAAAUUGUUACGUUGCGAUCCCAAAUGAUGGAAAGGUAAUCGUAGUGGACUCGGUGGUUCCAACAAUACCUGAAACUACGAAUGUAACAAAGUCCAUUGCUCAAGGUGAUGUGCUUAUGAUGACUCAAAAUCCAGGAGGAAAGGAACGAACUCGAGAUGAAUUUAAGGCUAUCGCAAUCAAAGCUGGGUUUAAACAUAUCAUAUUUCAGUGUUUUGUAUCUAAUCUUUGGGUUAUAGAGUUUCUUAAAAAUUAA